AUGGGAAAGACACAAAAGAAGAAUAGUAAGGGUCGUUUAGAUCGUUACUACUACCUCGCAAAGGAGAAAGGUUACAGAGCUCGUUCUUCCUUCAAAAUUAUUCAAAUCAAUGAGAAGUAUGGUCAUUUCUUAGAAAAGUCUAAAGUGGUCGUUGACUUGUGUGCUGCGCCAGGUUCGUGGUGUCAAGUCGCUUCGAACUUAUGUCCAAUCAACUCUUUAAUUGUUGGUGUUGAUAUUGUUCCUAUCAAGCCACUUCCCAACUGCAUAACAUUUCAAUCCGACAUCACCACUGAGGAUUGUAGAUCCAAACUCAGAGGACAUCUCAAAACAUGGAAAGCUGACACUGUUCUUCAUGAUGGUGCACCAAACGUUGGUCUUGGGUGGGUUCAAGAUGCCUUCACUCAGUCCCAAUUGGUCUUGAAGGCUUUAAAACUUGCUGCUGAGCAUUUGGUCCAGGGUGGAACCUUCGUCACAAAGGUCUUUAGAUCCAAAGAUUACAACAACUUGAUGUGGGUCUUCCAGCAGCUUUUUGACAAAGUUGAGGCAACCAAGCCACCAUCCUCCCGUAAUGUUUCCGCCGAAAUUUUCGUCGUUUGUCAAGGUUUCAAAGCUCCAAAGAAGCUAGACCCACGUUUGUUGGACCCCAAGGAGGUAUUCGAGGAAGUUGUCGCUGGCAAGGUGAAUAACGAAGCAAAGGUUUUCAACCCAGAGAAGCAUACUAGAAAGAGAGAGGGUUACGAGGAAGGAGACUAUUUAUUGUACAAAGAAAUGCCACUUCCGGAGUUCAUCAGGAAUGAAGAGCCAAUCAAUACUCUUGGAACUCUCAACAAGCUCUCUGAGCCACCACAUGAUGAUCCCGAGUGGAAGAUGCUCCGAAAGCUUAAACACUGUACACCUGAGUUGAGACAAUGUAUCAAAGAUUUGAAGGUCUUGGGUAAGAAAGAUUUCAAGCUCAUCUUGAAGUUCAGAAAAGAGGCUAGAGAUCUUCUUAGUCUUGAUGAUCAAGAAGACAAAGAUAAGCCGGAAGUUGAAGUGGCUCCGUUGACAGAGGAAGAACAGAUCACUAAGGAACUCGAAGGUCUCACAGAAAAGCAGAAGCAAAAGCGUAGGAGAGAAAAGAAGAGAGCUAAUGAACUCAAACAAAAGGAGAUUCGUCGUGCGCAAAUGAAUAUGAUGACCGAUAUGACUAUCGGUAUUGAAGCCGGUAAUCUCGGAACCGACUCCAUGUUCGCCAUCAAAAGUGCAGAGAAAACCGGUCAAAUUGAUGAUCUUGCAAAGGGUAAGAAGAGUAUGGUUUUUACAUCUCAAGACGAACGUCCCGCUCCUAAACCGGACCUGGAUCUGGAACAAGAGGAGAUCGAUGAAGAGGAAGCUCUUGAUAACUUGGAGGAAGAAAUGGACCAUAUGUAUGAACAAUUCAAGCAAGUGCAAGCAGAGAAGAGUUCCAACUACAGAGCAAAGUUGGCCAGAGGUGAUGUUGAUGACGAAGACUGGGACGGUAUCAACUCUGAUGCUGGCAGUGAUGAGGAGCUCGAAAAUUUUGAGAUGGACUCAGAGUCCGACGAGGAUGAAGAUGAGGCCAUUCGCAAAAUGAUGGACGACAAGCGCCAAGAGGUUUUAUCAAAAGAGGCCGAGAUGUUCUACGCCGCAAACAAUGUCUUUGACGCUGUUGAUGAUGCCGAUUUACUUGAUGCAAUGGAUGUCGAUGAGCCACAAUCGAACGGCAAGACAAACGGUGCUGAAUCUAAGCAAUUAGCUGGAAGCAAAUCAAACGGAAAUGUCAAGGAGUCUCUGGCGGAGGAAGAUCAGGAUUCCGAUUUCGAGAUUGUCAAAGCUGAAGAAGAGGUGAUCAGUGACUCCGACUCGGACUCUGAUGGCGAAAGCAUUGGAAGGAAGAUCAGAACUGCUCAAUCACAAAAGGAGAGAAUCGAGUUGAAUACUGUGGAGGCUAUGACCUUGGCUCACCAAGUCGCUCUUGGACAACUCACGAGAAAUGACUUGGUCAACGAGGGUAUCAACAAGUAUGCUUUCAGAGAUCGCGACAAUGCGCCUGAAUGGUUCUUAGAGGAUGAGAAGAGACACUCCAAGAUUGUCAAGCCCAUCACCAAAGAAGCAGCCACAGCCAUCAAGGAAAAGAUGAAGGAAAUGAACGCACGUCCAAUCAAGAAGGUUCUUGAGGCCCAAGGAAGAAAGAAGAUGAGAGCCUUGAGAAGACUCGAGAAGCUUAAGAAGAAGAGUGACAUGAUUAACGAGGACGGUGCUAAGAGUGAGCGUGACAAGGCUGAUGAGAUCCAAGCGUUGAUGCGCCGUUUGACCAAGAAACAAAAGGUCAAGCCCAAGACCACUCUUGUUUUCGCUUCUGGUGCCAACAGAGGUCUUAGCGGAAGACCAAAGGGUGUCAAGGGUAAGUAUAAGAUGGUUGAUGGUGUGAUGAAGAACGAGCAAAGAGCAUUGAAGAGAAUCGCGAAGAAGCACAAGAAGUAA